CUCCAUUGCUUUUAAAGGCCGGGGGGGGGGGAGCCUGCGGCGGUGCUGGUGGGUGCCUCGAGAUUUCUCUCCCCCCCCUUCCUCCGCGCACUCCACCUUUCCAAAGCUAAGCAGCCCCCACCCCGCUCUUCCUGGCAGCUUGGAUUGCACGCGAAUCCGUGCGCUUUGGCCGGGUGCGCUUCGGAGCACAAAGGGGGCCGAGAGCUCAGCGGGUUGGCUUCAAAAAGUUGCAAAUAAGUCUGGUGGCGGCGGCGGCUGUGGGGAGAGCAGCCGAAGGAAGGAUCUAAGAUAUAUGUGUGUGUGUGUGUGGUUUGCCCCCCCCCCCUUUGACCACCCCCCCCGAAAAAGUUUUCAAACUGCAAGUGCCGAACUUUCAGCUCCUCCGGCUGCUGCGCCCCGCACCUCUCCAAAGGUCAAGCGGUUAUGUCCUCCAUUUCGAGUAAUACGAUUUGUUAUUUAAGUAACUUUUCCCGGGGUGGUGGUGGGGAGGAGGCAGGGCUAGUGGCGGCGGCAGGAUUUUGAAGGAGGGAAGGACUCGCUCAGUUUAAGUUUGAGAUUUAAUAGAUGGCUAUAAUUGGGGGGGGGGCGGUUGUUGGAACUUUAAAAGGCAGCAAGCUGUGGUUGGCUGGUAGUUAGAUUUGAAGUAACAUAUGGCAUUAAAAGGGGCACAGCUGGAGGUUGCAUUUCCAUCGCAGUGAAGUCAGAGCAGCUGACUUUCCAGCUUGCGGUGUAAUUAGCAAACGGAGCACUCCCUCCCAUUCGCUCCUCGCUCCUCUCUUCUCUCCCCCCCCCACUCUUUUUUCACACACAUACAAGCUUUCUUCCGUUACUGGCUAGCAGAAAACCCCUGAUCUUCCCAAUCCCUUGGGUGAUCACCCACUUGGAAAGGCAAGGAGGGGAAAAAAACAAAACAGAAACCCAAACGAGCUUGAGUUCUUCCAUAACUCUUUUUUGGGGGGACGUGGGGGGGGGAGAGAAAGGAGACUGUAUUUUCUUUCUCCAAAUGAGCCCUUCAACCCCCUGCUCAGCAGCUGUUCAAGGUUAUGAAGGAAGAAUGGAGUUUCCAGACCAUAGCCGGCAGUUGCUGCAGUGUCUGAGUCAGCAGCGUCACCAGGGCUUCCUGUGUGACUGCACUGUUUUAGUUGGAGACGCUCAGUUCCGAGCCCACAGAGCGGUCCUCGCCUCUUGCAGCAUGUACUUCCAUCUUUUCUACAGGGACCAGCUAGACAAAAGGGACAUUGUGCAUCUGAACAGUGACAUCGUCACCGCCCCGGCCUUCGGCUUGCUCCUCGAAUUCAUGUACCAAGGCAAGCUGGAGUUCAGCAGCCUCCCGGUCGAGGAUGUGCUCGCCGCAGCCAGCUAUCUACACAUGUACGACAUUGUGAAAGUCUGCAAGGGCAAGCUGAAAGAUAAGGAAUUGUGCGUGGACGAGAAGACGAACGGCAGCGGCGGGGCCCAUUCGGAGAAGGACGGCCGGGUCCUGGAUGACGGAGUACCCUUGGGGCACGGCGAGUUCAGCCCCGGAGAGAAAUACAAAAUGAUUGCUGCAGAAUACGAACGUUCUGCUGGAAAGGAUAAGGGCAGCAGUUACCCAGGCUGGUCUCCCGAUCUUGCCGGCUCCGUGUUAGGCGAGGCAGAAUUGGACACCGUGGCAGCUGAAAAAGCAAGGGCGAACGUCAGCAGUUUGGCGGGACCUGUGUCCCAAAGACCUCCUCGCCACCCCUUGGCUUUGAGGGAGGCCGAGUGUGCUUUAGACCUGUCUUUCAAGCCCCUGUCAGGGCGAGAUGGCUUCCAGCCUUCCUACAUCUUUGGGCAGCUGGCUGCCGACGGGCCACCGCGGCAGGGGAGCGAGCCCUUUGUCAAAGACGAAGAAGAGUCUCUGUCGGACGGGGAAGACGGCGAGGAGAGGGGCCUAGAAAGCCAGGGCUUUGGGAAUUCUGGCCAGAGCCUGGCCCUAGGGCUGGGGACCAUGUUUGUUGCCAGCAACGGGGACGCUCCCGUGACGCCGGAGGAAGACGUCGACCAGGAGCGGGAGGCGAGUGAGGACGACAUGGCCUCUUCCGACGUCUCGUCCUCUGGGGUCGUGGUGCCAACCGGGCACAUUUGCAUCUGCCCGCUCUGCAGCAAAGUCUUCCCCAGCCCGCACGUCCUGCAGCUCCACCUCAGCUCCCACUUCCGAGACAAGGACGGCUCUCGGACCAGGCUCUCUCCGGACGGGUCGGUGCCCACCUGUACUCUGUGCGGCAAGACCUUCUCCUGCAUGUACACGCUGAAGAGGCACGAGAGGACUCACUCCGGGGAGAAGCCGUACACCUGUGGCCAGUGCGGCAAGAGCUUCCAGUACUCCCAUAACCUCAGCCGCCACGCAGUAGUGCACACCAGAGAGAAGCCGCACGGCUGCAAGUGGUGCGAGAGACGCUUCACGCAGUCCGGGGAUUUGUACAGACACAUCCGCAAAUUUCAUUGUGGCCUUGUAAAGUCGCUGGUGGUUUGAGGGAAGUUGUUGUCUUUUCAAAAGACACCCGUCUGCUCUUCAUGCCGGUUCCCUUUGGGCAAAUGAUACGGGGAAGGAGGGUGGAAAAUAAUGUAGGUCUACAUUUCAUUGCCGGGGGGUGGGGGGGGGGAGAGGCAACAUUGGUUCUACCCCUCCCACCCUGGCCCACCUUAGGCCAGCAGCGGUGGCGACACUUAACGUUCUGUUGUUGUUUUUCUGUGUGUGGCAGGUAAAAUGAAUCUUAAUCUGUAGAUAGCUUAAUCCAAAAUCCUUUGGAUAGAAGCUGAUUUAAUCCAGUUGAUUGGCCUAAUUGGUCUGUGCCAAGUGGGUUGUUCUGAUGCUACAGGUAUGUUUUGCCCUGCUGGUUUUGAGGGUGUGCUCGUGCACCCUCUGCAAGUUUAAAAGGAAUUGGAGAGAGAAUGAGAGAGGUGUGAACUUUGAUCCCAAACGGCAGUUUAGGUAGGACAGAGUGUGCUGCCUAUAUAGGAGCCGCCUUCUCCCCCCCCCCCCCCCGAAAAUAAAUUAUCGUUCAUCUCUCUGUUGCAGGUGCAUAAAGUAGGCAGUUUUGGAACGCAUUGGCCUGAGUUUCUCUCCCACUCUGGAUGUAACUUUUUCGAUUCAACCUUUUUAAUAUGUUCCAGACAAAUAGAACUUCAGGCAGUGUGAAAGUGAUAGCUGGGACAAAGGCUUGUGCUUCAUGGGGACUAUCUAGAAUCCUUAGACUAACUCGGGUCUGGAAUAAUAAUAAUAAUAACAACAACAAUUUUAUUACUUACAUGCCACCUAUCCGACUGGGUAGCAGAACCACUCUGGGCGGCUCCCAAUGUACUAAAAACACAGUAGAACAACAGUGGAAAUCAAUGUAGGGCCAUCCUGCAAAAUCUCUUGACUAUUACAGAAAAAGUGUUCUGUAUUUGGAAACUGGUCCUACUAACUUAAGCUCUCACUUUGCUGCUCUUUUCCCCCCUUCCAUUUUUUUUUUUAGGGGGGAGGUUUGCAAUUCUAGUGAAUGGUGCUGAAAUAUUUCAACCUGUGGGGCGUCAUCUCUCAGGCCUGGUUCACAAAUGACCCCAGCGUGGAGUGGGUGUGCCCUAUGGCUAGGUGGUCAGCGGGGAAAGGAUUUGGAGCUCUUGUGCCUUUAAUAGUUGCAUGCCUCUGGAAUUCCCCCUUCUACCCAACUAUUAAAGGUGCAGGAGACCCUCUGCUCCUUUGCAUCUUGUUAACCCUACCUGUCGCUCACCUUGUGCAGAACUGUGAAUGUAAACCUGGCCUCCAUGCAGAGAAGCCAUUUUGUGCUACAAAAAAGGAGCAGGCAGGUGUUUGGCUGAGGCCUGCCUGCAAAGGCCUCGAUUCAUGAAGUUUUGAUGUGCCAUGAGAAAAGAUACUUAGUGAGGUGCAGACAUCCUAACUGUGCCACCUUAGUAAAAACCGCAUCCCUCUAUUAAUAAGAGCUCUCCAGUUUUUGCUUCUAACAAAAGCCGCUUUCUUGCAAGUAAAUGCCCUCUUGGAUCAGGCCUUGAGAAGGCCUUGUUCCCCUUCCUGGGUGCCCAUUGGUCAGAGGCACCAAUCCACCAAAAGAUUCCAUCUUCUCCAUUCCUUGGUGAAUGGCAGGCAUGGUUUGUGUAAGGGAGAAAGAUGGGGAGCUAUUGAGCUUUCCCCAUUCUGUGAUGGUGGCAUCUUCUUGUGAAAGUAGGUAGGGAUACCUGAAUCUCCACCCAUUCCUCUUGCAGUUGCACCUGCCUUCCCUUGGGGCAUAAGUUGGGGGUGCUACCUGUGAACCAUGCCUCCCCAUGUAGCUGCCUCAUACACCUGUAGUUUCUCCUACAGCUGUUAGCACAUCCUCAGCCAACCUGGCACCCUCCAGAUGUUUAGGCCUGCAGUUUCCAUCAGCCCUAGACAGGAGUGGUGGUCCGAAACAUUGGUGUGCCAGUUUAGCCAAGAGUGCAUUAUGAGCUGGUACCAUUUAACUCCUGCCACGAAGGAUGAAUUAGCAGUUGCUAAUGUUUAGCCCAUGCAUUUCAGACUUACGGUUAAAGGCAUAGGAACAGAACUGGUCGUUCUGUUUUUAAUUAUUAUUAUUAUUUUCGUGGCUCACUUGUCCCUUUUCCAGUUUUGAGCAGCAAGCUAAGCCGGUGAAUGUCCUGCCCUGCACACUGAAUUGUUUGUGCGCGUGCAAAUGCUCCUGUUGAGUGCACAGAGGCAUGUAUAUUCUUGCGUGCUCUCUCUCUCUCUGCUUUCUCCCUCUCUCUUAGCAUGGGGGGUUGGCUCCUUUAAGAGCAUCUGCAAGUCAGAAAUAGGACACUAAUCAGGAAACAGAGCGCCGCUUUUUAUUUCUUGCUUUUCUUUUCAUCCCUCCACCCUGCGCCCUUGAACUCACCGGGCCUCGCUUGACCCUUGUAGAGAACACAUCUGGUCGGAACAGCUGGUGGGGGGAAGCGUGGGGAGAAAGGGUGGGCUCAGAUGGGGCCCAGAGGAAGUUGGAAUCAGGGGGUCGGAGUAAGGGAAGGUGCCAUCACUAUCAUUUCUUCAAGGGGGGUGGGAAUGCUAUUUAAGGGUGGUUGGUUUUUUUUGCUGCAGUGUGCAGGCAGUUUGAAGGACCGUUUCUUGAAAAAGAAACGUUCAGCAUUUCAAAACUACUAGGAUGUCUGCUGUGUUCUGGAGAAGUCUUUUUGUGUGAUGCACGUUCUUGUUCCAUAGAGUUGGAAAUGGCUUACACUCAAUUGAGGAUUUACACUAUGUUAAAAGUUUUAAAUCUCCCCAAUGUUUUUUUCUUACAUUGCUUUUUGUUUUGCUCCUGGUGAUAUUAACUGUUUGUCUCCGUAGGGUCAGAUUUAGCCAAGUUCCACUUGGCCAUUCACAUGGUUCACUCCAGACAAGCAAAGCUUUGUCGCAUUGUUUUGGGAGUGUGGGUUCCUUUUUCCUUUAGUUAAGAGAGAUUGAAACGCUGUAGAGUUGGAACAAAUCUGGGGUGUUACUUCAACAUAUUUCUGCCUAAUUCCAGAAUGUCUUUCUAGUAACGUCAUUACAUAUCAGGUUAUGCCUUCUUAAAUCCAUUCAAUGUAUAUUUUUGCAUACGCGAAACUUUGAAAAAAGAAAGAAAAAAGAUUGCACUUGAAUGUAAUUCUGUGGCAUUGGCAUCUAGUGAAUGGGACUGUAGAAGGAUUGCCAAGUCAAAUUUACGGAUGUUUUCGGAUUCUCUUAAAGUGAAAACCAUCUCAUUUGGAAUUUUCAUGGGUUUUCUUUAAUAUUAUGGAAGCACUGAAAUAAUUUGCUCUAAAGGGCAUGUUAUGUUAUCCUGCAGAAUAAGACAACAUAGUCCUGCAUUUCUAAUUACUGGGAUACCACCACCCCUGCCCAGAGGGGACAUGACGCCACGGGAGGGGAUGAGGUGCUCACCCAAAGCCUUGAUUUUUGCCACAAAAGUUCUCACUACUGAAGAGACAACCCUCUGAGAUUUAAAAAGAGACUUGCCUCUUCAACUACCAGAACAAAUGCAUAGCUCUGUGCAUGUGGUUUUCUUUCUCCUGUACACAUGUCUUCCCUGUUAGUUCCUAUCCAAUGUAUUUAGGAAGUUAUGCUAUGAAGGAGCAAUAUUAAUAUCAUUAUAGAAACACUAUUUGAGGUAGUGUGGUGGUGGAAUUGUGAGGGAAGCAACUCCCUUUUCUUCGGAUAAAAACUGACGGGUUGCAGUUCCUUUCCUAUUCCUCUCUUAAAUUACGAGCGCACAUAUAAUGUGAAUUUUUACUUCUAUUUAUAAAACGUCUAAAUGGAAUUCAUUUGUUACUGUACAAAUAUUCUUGCUAACGUAUGUGAGGCAUGUCAGAGCAGUACAUGCCUGAGAUAUGUGACUAUGGUACUGUGGUCUUACUUCAUGUUCCCCCUUCCCCCACCCCCACCCCAAAAAAAACCUUGGAUUGGAAAUAGCACUGAACAAAACUUUCAAAAAUUAAGUUAUUUCUUUUCUGUUUUAAACUUUUAAGUUAUAUAAAUAUAUUUUUCUUCCUCCUGAUGAUACUUGAUACGGUAUUUAUUAGAUUUUUUUUUUAAUGGAAUGCUUACUUUGAGCUUUUUUUUUCCAGAAUAACAGGCUUGAAAUCUCUGUGUAAAUUUAAUUUUAUUUCUUUACAUGUUUAAGAAGCGAGAACGUGUGAAUCGGUGCGUAGAAUGUAGGGCUGUUCAUUUCCUCAUCCCAGUGAGAAUUCCAGUGUGCACAUGGAAUCUUUGUUAACUGCAAUAGCCAGCCUGGUGCUUUGCAAAAGUUUUGGACCAUUUGCAGUCCUAAACACCUGUCGGCAGAGGUGAGAUGCUUCUUCCAAGUGGAUCUCCACCUCCUGUUGUAAUGAACAGGACAGUGAAUGUGCCUAGGUCUCUGGAUUGGGGUACAUGUUUGAUUCUUCCUCCUCCUGGUAUUUUUGUAGAAGGAUUUUAAUUUUGAUUUUUUUUAGAAGUGCCAUUUGACACCAUUGGAGUCUGCUGGUGUAUUAGAGGGUUGAAAAGAGUUUGGAUCUGAGUGUUGUCUAGGAAUCUUGAACUUUUUAGCAAGGGGCAUGCAUUGGGCUGCAGUGGGGAGGGGAUGAAGAUGACAGGUGUGCCCACCUUAAAUGAAUUGUCGAAGCAUUGUCUUUUUUAUUGUUCUCUCUCCCAACUUUUCUGGGUUGGUGUUUUAUUUGUUUUGUUUUUUUUAAAAAAGAAGUUUGCACUUUUGAGAUUACUUCUGUUUGUUCUUUGGGUUGUGUUUUUUUUUUUAAGGUUGCAAUAGUUCUGAGCAUGUUUGUUUGUUUGAAAAAAAGGUUCCUUACUCUACAGGAAAGUACUAAAACCUUGCACAUUGAGGUGUCUUCAUUAUUAUGCAGCAGCUGUUCUGCCUUGCAAAGAGCAUAAUUGGAAAGUCCUUUUCGACUCCCAUUCUCGGUUUUGAUUUCAUCCCGAGUCAGGAUUUUACCGCGAUAAACUGCUUUACUUAAACAAAACACUGGAUUUGUCUUAUGCUCCAAACCGAUACUGUGAA